GGGCCCAGAGGCCUUGUUCCCCUUCGAAGGGUGCGCGUGAGCGCGUGGCGGCCCAGAGACCCGGUCUUCCCUGAACCUGCCGUGCCCCUGUCAGCCAUCGCUUGUGCGACUUCCGGCGCAGCUGCACCUCAGGCCUACAGCGACACCGCCCACGAACUCGGGACCGCGGCGCAACGCGCGCCGCAGGAGAAGCUAGGUCUCGCGCUACCGCCGCCUCCUCUCGCGAUACUUCCCGCGGGACCCUGCCGGCCUCCUUGCCCCACCCCGACUGGCACGCGGCGCUCCAGGCUACCUCGCGGGUCCACUCGCGCCCUGCCCGCUGGGGGCAGAGGGCCGGGCCCCGCCCCGCCGGGAACGCAGGGCGGAAGGCCGGCGCGGGGACAAGGGGCUGCUCCUUGGCUGGCGCAGAUGCGCGGCGGGCGGCAGGGUUGUCAGAUCUUGUCUUUUAGAGAAAUGUCAUCUGUGACAUCACACCAGGAGCAGCUGUCUCAGUCCGAUCCAUCUCCCUCACCAAGCUCAUGUAGUUCUUUUGAGCUAAUAGAUAUGGAUGCUGGCAGUUUGUAUGAACCAGUUUCUCCACAUUGGUUUUAUUGUAAGAUAAUAGAUUCGAAGGAGACAUGGAUUCCAUUCAACUCCGAAGAUUCACAGCAGCUGGAAGAGGCAUAUGGCUCUGGAGAGGACUGUAAUGGGAAAGUGGUGCCCACCGAUGGGGGCAGGUACGAUGUUCACCUGGGGGAGCGCACGCGGUACGCGGUGUACUGGGAGGAGCAGGUGUCCGAAGUGCGACGUUGCACCUGGUUCUACAAGGGGGACAAAGACAACAGAUACGUCCCAUACUCAGAGAGCUUCAGCCAAGUAUUAGAGAAAACUUACAUGCUUGCUGUGACUCUGGAUGAGUGGAAAAAGAAACUGGAGUCUCCCAAUAGAGAAAUAAUUAUAUUACACAAUCCAAAGCUCAUGGUGCAUUACCAGCCAAUCACAGGGUCUGAUGAAUGGGGUUCCACACCCUCUGAGCAAGGCCGGCCACGGACAGUGAAGAGGGGGGUGGAGAACAUCUCCGUGGACGUCCAUGGCGGAGAACCUUUACAGAUCGAUCACUUGGUCUUUGUGGUCCACGGGAUUGGGCCAGCCUGUGAUCUCCGGUUCCGGAGCAUUGUGCAGUGCGUUAAUGAUUUUCGCAGUGUUUCCUUGAACUUGCUACAGACACAUUUUAAGAAAGCUCAAGAGAAUCAUCAAAUUGGAAGAGUAGAAUUUCUUCCAGUCAACUGGCAUAGUCCUCUUCAUUCAACUGGUGUGGAUGUGGAUCUACAGCGGAUAACUCUGCCCAGCAUCAACCGCCUGAGGCACUUCACCAAUGACACCAUCCUGGAUGUCUUCUUCUACAACAGCCCCACCUACUGCCAGACCAUCGUGGACACCGUGGCCUCUGAGAUGAACCGGCUCUACACACUCUUUCUGCAGAGGAACCCCAACUUCAAAGGGGGCGUAUCCAUUGCUGGUCACAGUUUAGGUUCGCUUAUAUUGUUUGAUAUCCUAACAAAUCAGAAAGAUUCUUUGGGGGAUAUUGACAGUGAAAAGGAUUCACUGAACACCAUCAUGGGUCAUGGAGACUCGGUGACCCUGGAGGAAGAUCUGAAGAAACUUCAGCUUUCAGAGUUCUUGACUGUCUUUGAGAAGGAGAAAGUAGAUAAGGAAGCUCUGGCUUUGUGCACAGACAGAGACCUUCAAGAAAUGGGGAUUCCCUUAGGACCAAGAAAGAAGAUAAUCAACUAUUUCCAGGGCAGAAGAGAGUCGCUGGACCGGCGUCCAGCACACCGCGAGUCUGCGCCCCACGGCAGGACGGACACUAGAGGGGACGCGUGUCUGGGUGUCAGCAUCGGGCAGGCGUCCGUGAGGUACCCCCGGCUCCGCUACCAGCCGGAGAUAUUUUUCGCCUUCGGCUCCCCCAUCGGGAUGUUCCUGACCGUCCGCGGGCUGAAGAGGAUCGACCCCAGUUACCGGUUCCCCACGUGCAGGGGCUUCCUCAACAUCUAUCACCCGUUUGACCCCGUGGCCUAUCGGAUCGAACCCAUGGUGGUUCCGGGUGUGGAAUUUGAGCCGAUGCUGAUUCCCCAUCAUAAAGGCAGGAAGCGCAUGCACUUAGAACUGAGAGAGGGCCUGAGCAGGAUGGGCGCCGACCUGAGGAACAACCUGCUUGGCUCCCUGCGCACGGCCUGGAAGUCGCUGACCAGGGCGCCGCACCCCGCCUUGCAGGCGGCAGAGGCUGCAGAGGAAGCCGCGGCAGAGCCGGAGUCCUGUCCUGAGAAGGCCGCGGGCGGUGGCGCAGAGGUGGAGGAGGAGGCGCCCACAGAGGGGACGGCGGCAGUGGGGGACACAGCUCCUGUGAGCGUGGGGAUGCUCAACCGAGGCCAACGCAUUGACUACGUGCUGCAGGAGAAGCCCAUCGAGAGUUUCAAUGAGUAUCUGUUCGCUUUACAGAGUCACCUCUGCUACUGGGAAUCUGAAGAUACAGUGUUGCUGGUCCUCAAAGAAAUCUACCAGACCCAGGGCAUCUUCCUGGACCAGCCCUUACAGUAGCAGGUGGCGGCUUGCUGUGCACACCACAGUGCUCACACAGCCCGCCUGUACAGCUGUCCGAUGCCUGCUGCCAAAAUCCAGGCCAGUCCUCAUCUCCCAAGGGCCAGCGGCCUAGUCACACACCUAGAGGAAGGCUUUGUACAGUGACAUGUGUUCUCUUCUACCAUUUGAACUCAGAACUUUCAUAGUUACGUACAGCUGCAGGUUGGCGUGGCACAGUCAGUCCUCAGCCCUUCGUGAGGUGGACCGGAGGCCUCGAGCAUCUGUGCGCUGACCUGGCACUUUGGCAGCUGUCGCGCCAGCCUGUAUGGCACCCUCCUUCCCCUCUAUUCACCCGCAGCUGUACAUGCUGCCUGCCACUUCCUUGCCUCCAAAGCCUUGGAAGAUGAUUUUUGGACUAGGUGGAAAAACCAAAGGAAGACCUUGGAACUUUGGGAGCGCGAUGGGUAGUGGGAACUAAACCCAGGUCCUUCAUACUGAAUCCUAUUUCUAGUUCUGUUUCUCAGUUUUGGGGCAGAGUCUCACUGAAUAGCUCCGCUUGGGCUUGAAUAUGCAGCCCUCCUGCCUCAGUCUCCCACAGUGCUGGGACCACAGCCUGCCGUUAUCUUUUACCCCUGGCUUCAUGUGAACCUUGCCACUCUGAAGAACCAGGAUGUGACUGGUCCUUAAUUCUGUGAUGAGAAUAAAUCUUUAGAAAAUGGAUCAAGACUUACAAGGCCUUUGGGGAUGCUUUCAUUUCCAGAGUUCUCUGACCCCCAAAGGCUUGGAAAGGAUCUUCAGGUGAUCUUUUUCAAGGCAGCAUUUCUGUCCUGCAUGCUUAAAAACAGAUGAGGUUUAUUAAGAGCAUCGCUGACUUUCUACAAUUGACAGGCUGGCUACGUAUCACCAGUGCUGUUGACUGCUCCACGGCUGAGCUCACAUUAUCAUGGCUUCAUCCUGUACUCCAGCUGCGGGCCGCAGGGUGGGGAGGUUGAUAGAGUUCUCUUAGUCUUUGAAUGAGCUUUUGGCCCCCUUCACCAUGAGCUACAUUCCAAUCUGGGUCUGCACUGAUCUUUGGUCACCAGCCUUCCCCAGUGCUGGAGUUACAGGUGUGUCUCUGGCCUGCUGAGAGCUUCUGAUCUUGGAGUGAGGAAUUAGAAAUUAAGUUUUUACAGGUUGCUCAAUCUGCCAGUAAGAGCUGUUCAUGGUGCCUUUUACAAAAGAGAAUCAAAGUUACCUAACACUGCACUAGACUGCGUGUUGUGAUUUCUCUCUGAAGCCAUUUUGUAGGCUAGCAGCGGUGGUGUUCACCUGUCACCCAAGGGGCUGCUGGGGCAGGGAGAUCACAGGAGUCCUUGUCUCACAAAAUAAAAAGGGGCUGGCAAUGCAGCUCAGUGUGGAGGCCCUGCUCCAGCCUGUGGGGUGCAUGCUGAUAUCUAGAAAGCUUACUCCAAACUUCCCUGGCAGGGGCAGUGCUACUGAGCUGGGCCCAGGGCAGCAGGCAGGUAUUGCCAGCUUGGCUCAGAGCUGGUGAAUGCAGUGUCCCCAGGAGCAGGUGGCUAAUGGAAGCCUGGCACUUCCCAAGACACUGCCUGCAGUACUGGUGUUUUCUUUCCUGCUGAUGAGCUAUUGUCAUUGUCUCAGCAGGUCCCUUUACAAGUCCUGCUCCCUCUCAGAUUCCAUUACCCCUGUUUAGGGCAUGGCAGAGGCAGGUGAGAAGUGAGCUAGGUUGUGUCUCUGUAUCCUUUUUUUUGGGGGGGGUACCAGGAAUUGAACUUGCUAGGUAGGCACUUGUGCCACUGAGCUAUAUCCUCAGCCCUUUGUAGUUUUGUGUGUGGAUGUAUCUGUCAUCCUUUCCAGAGCAGUGGCAUCUCAUAUUCAUGGAAGUCCUUUCAGACAAUGAAGAGAAAAGAUCGGUGACCGCUGUACCCCCAGGUCAGGGCAGUGGGGUGGGAAUGGGUUGUGCCUGGCUUCUCACACCUAGUACGUGUGGACGAUGCCGCAGUGAGCCUCGGGUACACAGACUCCUUUAUUGCAUAAACUGCGUGAAGGUUACUAAAAUUGAGUAGCAUUUAUUAUGUAGUAUGGAGUAAUCCUUUGUCAAGUUGCUAUGUUUAAUUUUAUAAUUUGCUCUUCCUAUUAGCAGAAUAAGUACUAUUUAAGAAUAAACCUAAAGAUAACCAAAGAUGGACAGCCCAACCCUGAGAGCUAGCUGAGCCAGCCACUGAGAGGUUUCUGCCAGGCCUGCAAGUGCUCACCUCUAAUCUUAGUCCUUGGGAGGCUGAGGCAGGAGAAGCAUUGUUGACUGUGAGGUCAGCUUAGGCUACACAGUUCAAGGUCAGGCUUCACUAUAUAAUGCAACCCUGACUCAAAAAACAGCAGAAGCAGUGUUUCUUACCUGGCGGUAAGGGGCAUGGACUGUGCAGUGGGCUUGUGUUAGCAGGGCGGGUAGCUUGAGUCAGGGAAACCCUUCAGCUUGCUGCGUGCACUGCUCCCUUGUGUCACACUCGGCCUCUUGCCAGGCUCAUUCUGAGCCCCCACAUCCUGUGCAUAUUCCCGGUGAGAGCUAAUGCUGCUGAUCUCAGUGAGAGGUUGUUUGCAUGGGAAGGCGAACAGCACUGACGAGCUUUCUAAUAUUUUGCACUUUGGAAAUGUUUUUUACAUGAUUAUACUUAAAACUUUGGUAAAUACUGAAAUAAAAUUGUACUGACCAGUU